AUGCAGACGGACGAUGCUAGGUACCUAAGACGUAAAAUUCGGUCGGGUUCAAUUGAUGUUCAUCCAACCGAAAAAGCUUUGGUUGUCAAUUAUGAAUUGGAAGCCCUUAUUUUGGGUGAAAUGGGAGAUCCCAUGCUGGGUGACAAAAAAGAAUAUCAAAAAAUCAUAAGACUAAAUUCACUAAAUGCAAAAACUGAUUGUUCUGCUUUGGCCAAAGAAGUCGUUGAUAAAUGCAGUUUAAUUCAUCAUUCAAAACUUAAUGAAGUCGAACAUUUAAUUCGAUAUCUUAAAAACAGAAAAGAUGUACCUUCAAAUAAUGAAAGUGGAGGAAUGUCUGAUUCUUUUUCUGCUUGGGGAGCUGAAAUUAUUGAAAAAGCUAAUAUAGCCAAUAUGGAUUCUUACAUUGAAUACUUGUAUGAAGAUACUCAUGAAAAGAUAUUGGGUUCAUCAAUGAUCCUUGCUCUAGUAAAAAAUCCUUAUAAUUUAAAAGAGAUAGCUGUGAAUGAAGUAGCUCUGAGUGCUUUAUCAAGAGUUUUACGAGAAGACUGGAAAAAAAAUGUAGAAUUAGCUGCAAACAUCAUUCAAAUAUUUUCUUGCUUUUCUUCAUACAGUCAAUUUCAUCCUGUUAUUAUACAAUAUAAAAUAGGAUCACUUUGUAUGGAAGUUAUUGAUCAUGAAUUAAAAAAACAAGAAAACUUAGAAACAAAAAAAGCAUUAUCGCCAUCGACUCAAAAAAGUCCAAGUCCUGCUUCAAAAGAUGUUAAAAAAAGACAAAGUAUGAUUCCAAUUGGAAAAAGGAGAUCAGAUUCUGCCAGUAAGAACAGUGCUUCCAAAGAAGACUUUAGAAAAUCUUUGCCAGGAACACCAGUAGGUUUUUCUAAAUUAGAUUUAUUAAACGAUAACGUAAUAUCUAAUGAAAAUCAAAAAGAUACAGUAGUAAAUAAACAAGAUCAGUUACUUCAAGCUUGCGUACAAUUAUUAUUGAACAUUGCGGAAAAUACAAAAGUUGAAGAAAAAAUGAGAAAAAGAAACAUUUCUAGUAUGCUCAUUAAAUUAUUAGAAAGUAACUCAAUGGGACUCUUAACAACGUGUAUUAAAUUUCUUAAGAAGCUUUCAGUAUUUAGAGAAAAUAAGGAUGACAUGGUCGAUUCAAACGUUAUUGAAAAGCUUUGUAAAAUAUUUUCUAUUGGAAAUAAAGAUCUCAUAUUAUUGACACUUAAAUUAAUGUACAAUCUUUCCUUUGAUGCCGAGAUAAGGGAAAGAAUUGUUAUGAAUGGUUUAUUGACAAAACUUGUUUCCUACUUGGAUAAAGAAGAUUUUAAGGAAGUUAUAUUGGGUAUUUUAUAUCAUUUGAGUAUGGAUGAUAAAGUUAAGUCUAUGUUUGCUUAUACCGAGUGUAUACCAAUGAUAAUGAAUAUGCUUUUGGAUAAUAAAUUUAGAAAACUUGUGAUUGCUCUUGGAAUUAAUUUGGCAAUAAAUAAAAAAAAUGCUGAAAUAAUGAUUGCUGAUGACAGACUACAGAAAUUUUUAGAAAGAGCUUUUAAAAAUCAGGAUUCUUUACUCAUGAAAAUGAUUCAUAACAUAGCCAUGCACGAACCUCUUAAUCGUGGCAUUGUUGAAUUCGUUGGAGAUAUCGCCAAAGCAGUCACGCAAUGUGAUUCCGAAGAGUUUGUUAUGGAGUGCAUUGGAAUUCUUGGAUGUUUAACACUUCCCGAAUUAGAUUUCAAUGAAGUUUUUCAACAAUUCGAACUUUUACCAUGGAUUAAAAACAUGUUGAUUCCCGGGAAAACCGAAGACGAUAUGGUUUUAGAAAUAGUUAUACUUUUGGGUACCGCUGCCUGUGACGAAGAUUGCGCCAUGUUAAUGUGCAAAGAAGGAAUUUUAAUUUCUUUAAUCGAAUUGCUUAAAGCCAAACAAGAAGAUGACGAAAUAGUUCUUCAGAUCAUUUAUAUGUUUUAUCAGAUUAUUCGUCACGAUUCUACGAGGAAUCAUCUUAUUUUAGAAACUGAUGCCGCUGCUUAUUUAAUUGAUUUAAUGCAGGAUAAAAAUAAAGAAAUAGCUAUUGUCUGUGAUUCUUGCCUAGAUAUUAUAUCUGAAUUUAGUAACGAAUGGAAGAAAAGAAUAAUGGUUGACAAAUUUCGAUUUCACAAUUCUCAAUGGCUUGAAAUGGUUGAAAAUCAAGCGUUAGAUGAUGCUGAUUUUGCUUUGGGCGAAGACAAUCUUCCUCCUUAUUUAAGUUCCGAUUUAAUGCAACAUACAAUGUUGUAUCCGACAAAUUCUCAAAUAUCUCUAGAAGAUUUACAGGCAGAAGAACCAUUUUUAGAUCUUUCGGCAGAGGAUGGAUCUUUUUCAAAGUUAGUUUAA